CGCAACAGUGUCAUUUUUGACUUCCAGCUUCGCGUUCGCGACUAAAAAACAUUCUCGCAAAAUCAGACGAUUCUUGUUUGGUAAAUUUACAGCAAAAUUUGAAAUUUGCUUAGUUUAGUCCCUUCUUAAUUCAAUCGAUAUGUUCACACUGUGGUCACUUAUUGAAGCUUCGCUUCUCUGCCUGAACGCCGUUUGCAUUCUGCACGAGGAACGGUUUCUAGCGAAAUUUGGAUGGGGAGCGUCUGCCCAGGUUCAAGGAUUCGGUGAAGCCCCUACGGUAAAAGCUCAGGUUCUCAAUCUCGUGCGAUCCAUCAGGACAGUUGCCAAAAUUCCGCUGAUAUUCCUAAACAUUGUGGCGAUAAUAUUUAAGCUCUUAUUAGGGUAAUACAAUCUAAAACAAAAGCCGAUUUCGUAAAAUAAAAAUUUUAUUACAAAUAAAAUCACAAUUUAAAUUACCA